AUGGCACCAUAUGAGGCACUAUAUGGCAGAAAAGGUAGAUCGCUAGUUUAUUGGACAGAGGUCCUUGAAAAGUUGGGUCCUGUUGCAUAUCAUAUUGCCUUGCCACCAGGAAUAGAACAAGUGCAUAAUGUUUUCCAUGUAUCUAUGCUUCCUGGGAAUUUUAGAGACCCGUUCCAUGUGAUUGACCACCACCGGAUUGCUCUAGAUGAGAAUAUGAUGUAUGAAGAAUGGCCUGUGCAAAUUAUUGAUCGGCAAGUGAAACAAUUGAGAAACAAAACUAUACCUAUGGUGAAAGUAGAGUGGAAGGAACAUUAUAGGAAAGAGGCCACUUGGGAAAAGGAGGAAGAGAUGCGGCAACGGUAA